CCGAACUCCUUACCUUUUUCCUAUGCAAGUUUCUUCAAAAUGACGCAGGAGUCAUGGAUACUGCCCUGCAAGCGCCCUUAGCACUCGUAAUAUCCUAGGCGUCAGCAUUAUCUCACCGGACUUCCGCCGAAGUUACUCCUAUCAACGAAUAUAUGCCUGGAGACAAGGGCAAGGUCUCAAUCCAUCAACCAGAAUUGGACAGCCAGGGACCCAGGGACCCCACAGAUUACCGCCUGCACUGCCCAGAAAUCCCCGGGGCCAAUAGGGUUAAUCUCCCACACAACCCAAACCCAUGAGUAAAAUUUAUCUCGUGCUGGAAAUGAUAAGCCGUUGACUCAGCAAAAUCUGGGGACUGUGCUCCAGAAUCAGUUUUAUAACACCGUAGCCUCGACUUGGAUUUGGUUCACUGCCUCUUACACCCAGAAUUUAUCAUCCACACCAAGAUGAGUCCUCCCUCGGUCAAGAGUAUGGAGGAGGGCUGGGCAGUGCCUGUCCAGUCCAACCAGCCCGAUUAUGAAGACCCAAAGGCCGAACAAGGGGAGGUCGUCGAGAAUUUCCACACAAAGCGCGGUUUGGCUUCGAGGCAGCUGCAGCUGAUUGCCAUCGGUGGUUGUAUUGGAACUGGUCUCUUUGUCGGUUCAGGUCAGGUUUUGUCGCUGACUGGGCCUGCACCGCUGCUGAUGAGUUACAUUGUUAUGUCUACGGUUGUUUGGUUUGUCAUGAAUGUCUUGGGAGAAAUGACCACAUACUUGCCUAUCCGUGGUGUUUCAGUGCCGUACUUGAUCGGCCGGUUCACUGAACCAUCAAUUGGCUUUGCAGCUGGAUACAACUACUGGUACUCUUUUGCCAUGCUGCUGGCCUCAGAGGUCACUGCUUCGGGUUUGAUCAUUGAAUACUGGAAUCCUCCGGUCAGCGUCGGCCUCUGGAUUGCAAUUGUCCUCGUUACAAUUCUUGCCCUCAACGUCUUCGCCGUUUCGUUCUACGGAGAAGCCGAGUUCUGGUUUGCGACCCUAAAGAUCCUCGCCAUCAUCGGCCUGAUUAUACUCGGCGUCGUUUUGUUCUUUGGUGGAGGCCCGAACCAUGACCGUCUGGGAUUCCGAUACUGGCAAAAUCCAGGUGCCUUCAACCCGUAUCUAGUCCCCGGAAACACGGGAAAGUUCUUGGGCUUCUGGACUGCUUUUAUCAAAUCGGGAUUCUCGUUCAUCUUCUCCCCCGAGUUGAUCACCACCGCCGCUGGAGAGGUUGAGGCACCUCGUCGCAAUAUCCCCAAGGCCACGAAGCGCUUUAUCUACCGUGUCUUUACCUUUUACAUUCUAGGCAGCUUGGUGAUCGGAGUCACCGUAGCUUACAAUGACCGACGCCUCACUGAAGCGGUCAACAGCGGAGGUUCUGGUGCUGGCGCCAGUCCUUUUGUCGUUGCCAUCUCGAAUGCUGGCAUCGGUGGGUUGAACCAUGUGGUCAACGCUGCUAUCUUGAUCUCCGCUUGGUCUUCCGGCAAUGCUUGGUGCUAUGCUGGAUCGAGAACUCUAUUCUCUCUGGCGGGAGAAGGUCAGGCUCCGAAGAUCUUCCUGCGGUGCAACCGUAAUGGUGUGCCGUGGGUGGCUGUUCUUGCAACAUGGACCAUUGGACUUUUAUCCUUCCUCAACCUUUCCAGCUCCGGGCAAACCGUCUUUUACUGGUUUACGAACCUCACUACAGUGGGUGGUUUUAUCAACUGGGUGUUGAUUGGAAUCGCUUAUCUGCGCUUCCGCAAGGCAAUCAUAUUCCACAACAUGCUGGACAUGCUGCCGUUCAAGACGCCUUGGCAACCCUACGGCUCCUACUACGUGAUAUUCCUUGUCAGCAUCCUAACCUUGACAAACGGGUACGCCGUGUUCUUCCCGGGUAACUUCAAUGCAUCCGACUUCUUGGUCGCCUACAUCGUGAUCGCCAUCUUCAUCGUUCUCUACGCUGGACACAAGAUCUGGUAUCGCACCCCAUGGAUGACAAAGGUGUCGGAAAUCGACAUCUUCUCUGGCAAGGAGGAGAUUGACCGUCUGUGCGAGAAUGACCUUGAGCGCAACCCCAGAAACUGGAUGGAGAUGAUUUGGUGGUGGAUUGCUUAGAAUUAUAUACUUGCUCUGUGUGAUAUUUUCAGUUAGAUACUUGAACAUACAAUAUGACUUCGAACCGUCUCUACAAGUGCCUUGUUAAUUAAACACCGAAUCGGCUAAGG